AUGUCGUCUCAAUCCGAAAGCAUCAGCGCCGAGGCCAGGACAACGGCAUCUGCGCAGGAUCAACUUGAACGAGGAUGGUCGGGUAUCACAAAAGCACUCGAUGACGAAGACUCUACGAACAUCUCAGACAGAGACAAGGCGCAGAUCACGAGCCUGGCUAGGCGGCUAACAGAUGCCUCAAUCAAAACAGCGGCGCAAGGAGUACUGUCCAACCCCUUCAAGGACUCGAACGACCCUGGACUUGACCCGUUUUCCAAGGAAUUCAAUCCUAGGAAAUGGGCGGAGACAGUCCUAGGUCUGAAUGCUCAGAACUCCGGGCGUUAUCUACCUCGAAAGGCAGGGUUUUCUUUCCUUGAUCUCAGUGUUCACGGAUUUGGUAGCCCUAUCAGCUAUCAAAAGAACUUCCUCAACGUUUUCUUACAAUUCAAGGAUCUCGUUUCUGGUCUCAUCAAUCGCAGGGAUCAAAAGAUUCAAAUUUUGCAGAACCACAAUGGUCUACUCCGAAGUGGUGAGAUGCUCCUUGUCUUGGGGCGUCCAGGCAGUGGAGUGUCAACAUUCCUCAAGACCAUCGCGGGUCAAACAAAAGGACUUCACUUGGACCAAAGCUCGAAUUUCAACUACCAAGGCAUUCCUCCAAAAAAGAUUCGGGGAGAAUUUCGUGGAGAUGUUAUUUACCAGGCUGAGACUGACACCCAUUUCCCACAUCUGACCGUUGGCCAGACACUUCUGUAUGCAGCCUUGGCAAAGACUCCUGAGAACCGACUCCCCGGUGUCUCUCGUGAUGAAUAUGCUCGACACAUCCGCGAUGUUACGAUGGCCGUCUUUGGGCUCACACACACAAUGGACACGAAAGUUGGCAAUGAGUUUGUCCGUGGUGUCAGUGGUGGUGAGCGCAAAAGAGUCAGCAUCGCUGAGGUUUGCUUGGCACAAAGUCCAAUCCAAUGCUGGGAUAAUAGCACACGGGGAUUGGACAGUGCCACUGCGCUGAAGUUUGUCCAGACUCUACGUCUGUCAGUGGAUAUCACAAGCGUCGCAACAGUUGUAGCCUUAUACCAAGCUUCCCAACAAGCUUAUGAGGCUUUUGAUAAGGUUGCUGUGCUAUACGAGGGUCGACAAAUAUACUAUGGGCCUGUCGAGCUAGCCAAAGAUUACUUUGUGGAUCUUGGCUACCACUGCCCAGACCGGCAGACGACCCCCGACUUCCUGACUUCCCUCACAAAUCCGGUUGAACGAGUGGUGAGAUCUGGAUUUGACACAAAAGUGCCCCGGUCUCCGGAGGAAUUUGCGAAAGAGUGGAAAGCGAGUGCACUUCAUAAGGAAUUGAUGCAGGAUAUUGCAGAAUUUGAAAGCAAAUACCCAGUGGGGCGCUCUGCAAUUGACAGUUUUAAGGAGUCUCGGCAAGCUGAGAAGGCUUCUUGGAUGACAUCAAACUCGCCAUAUACGGUUUCGGUCCCAUUGCAAGUCCUUCUCUGUGUCCACAGGGGAUUCAGCCGCAUUCAAGGCGACCUGACUUUCUUUGUCAUCACGGUUGGGGGAAAUUUUGUGAUUUCAUUGCUUCUUGGCAGCGUCUUCUACAAGCUCCAGGAUACAAGCGCCAGCUUCAAUGACCGUUGCAUUGUUUUGUUUUUUGCGCUUCUGUUCAAUGCUCUCAACAGUUCUUUGGAGAUUUUGUCUCUGUAUGCCCAACGCCCAAUCGUUGAAAAGCACGCGACCUAUGCUUUCUACCAUCCAUUGUCUGAGGCUAUGGCAUCUAUGAUCUGUGACCUUCCCUCAAAAACGCUAUCUACAGUCGCAUUCAAUAUUCCACUAUACUACAUGGCCAAUUUGCGGAACGAACCGGGUCAUGUCUUGAUAUACCUGUUAUUUGCAUUUUCCUCAACCCUCGUCAUGUCAAUGAUAUUUCGAACCAUCGGCCAAACGACUCGAACAAUUGCGGAGGCCUUGACUCCUGCGGCAUUAAUGGUCAUUGCCAUGGUCCUGUACACAGGCUUCAUUCUACCCAUCCGGAACAUGCAAGGUUGGUUGCGAUGGAUCAAUUAUCUCAACCCUCUUGCGUAUUCCUACGAGGCGCUGAUUGCGAACGAAUUCCAUGGCCGCAACUUCGAAUGUGCCAGUUUUGUACCAGCUGGACCUGUUUAUCAAAACGUAAGUAGUGCGAAGCGCACGUGUUCAGUGGUUGGUGCUUCGGCUGGGUCAUCUGUGGUCAGCGGAGACCGCUAUAUUGCCAUGAGCUAUGGGUAUUAUUACUCACAUGUGUGGAGGAACUUCGGCAUCCUUAUUGCUUUCCUAAUAUUCUUCCUGACUAUUUAUCUAUUGUCAGCCGAGUACAUCAGCUCUGACGUUGGUAAAGGUGAGGUUCUUAUUUUCCAGCGCAGUCAUCUUUCAGUCGUGAAAGAGAAGACAGUGAUGGAUGAGGAAUCCGGAUCUCCAACUUCAAGCGAGAAAUCCAGGCAAGACGAAGUCAACGAACCAGCAGCGAGUGGUAUCACAGCCCAGAAGAACGUUUUCCACUGGCGGGAUCUUUGCUACGAUAUCACUAUCAAAGGUCGAACGAGAAGAAUCACCGACCAUGUCAACGGCUGGGUCAAGCCAGGGAAGCUAACGGCUCUGAUGGGCGCGUCGGGAGCAGGCAAAACCACACUACUAGAUGUGCUAGCUAAUCGAGUGACCAUGGGGGUUGUUACGGGUGGCGUCUUCAACAAUGGUCUUCCUCGAGAUGCCUCUUUCCAGCGCCGAAUUGGCUAUGUUCAGCAGCAAGACCUUCAUUUGGAAACUGCCACUGUCAGAGAGGCAUUGGAAUUUAGUGCUUUCUUGAGACAGCCUGCACAUGUUAGUAGGGCUGACAAAUUGCAAAGUGUCGAGGAAAUUUUAGAUCUUCUUGAAAUGAAGAGUUACGCUGACGCUGUUGUUGGCGUUCCUGGCGAAGGUUUGAAUGUUGAGCAGAGGAAGCGAUUGACAAUCGGCGUGGAGCUAGCAGCGAAGCCUGAUCUUUUGUUCUUCCUUGACGAACCGACAUCCGGGCUAGAUAGUCAGACAGCAUGGUCAAUUUUGCUUCUCCUGCGGAAGCUCACAGACCAUGGCCAGGCCAUUCUCUGCACUAUCCAUCAGCCCUCGGCCAUGCUCUUUCAACAAUUUGAUCGCCUCCUGCUUUUAGCAGCUGGUGGCCGCACAGUUUAUUUUGGCGAUAUUGGUGCGAACUCAAAGACCAUGACGGAGUACUUCGAGCGCCAUGGAGCAGAUCAUUGCGAAGAAAGUGAUAAUCCAGCAGAAUGGAUGCUGCGCGUGAUUGGCGCCGCUCCAGGAAGUACGACAAAGAUUGACUGGCCAGCCACUUGGCUCAGUAGUCAGGAAUAUGCCAAUGUCAACGAGGAGCUUAUCUCCUUAGAGCAAAAGCCGAAUUCGGAGACAAUUUCCCAUGCCGAACCCUCCCUCCAGUUUGCCAGUCCAUUCCAUGUUCAGCUGUGGGUUUGCACAAUGCGGAUUUUCGAGCAGUAUUGGAGAACGCCUUCUUACCUUUUUUCGAAAUUGAUCAUGUGCUUUGUCACAGCGUUAUUUAUUGGACUUUCCUUUCUACAGACAAAGAUCACCGAGCUCGGACUACAGCACCAAAUGUUCGCAAUCUUCAUGCUACUCGUCAUAUUCCCGUUCCUAGCAUAUCAGCAGAUGCCGAACUACAUCCUCCAGCGCGACCUUUAUGAAGUCCGCGAGCGUCCAUCAAAGGCGUAUUCUUGGAUGGCUUUCAUAAUGGCCCAGAUCAUCGUCGAGAUACCGUGGAACUCGCUGGCUGCGUUGAUUACCUUUCUUCCCUUUUAUUACCUGAUCGGCAUGAAUCACAAUGCUGCGCCAACUCAUCAAACCACAGAGAGAGGCGGUUUGAUGUUCUUGCUUAUAUGGGGCUUCUUGAUGCACUGCGGUACAUUUACGACAAUGGUAGUUGCAAGUGCGUCCACAGCUGAGAUCGGCGCAAUCCUGGCACUGCUUCUGUUUGUGUUUUCCCUGAUAUUUUGUGGAGUCAUGGCAACCCCAGCGAGCCUACCUGGUUUCUGGAUCUUCAUGUACCGCACAUCUCCCCUGACCUACAUCAUUAGCGGCAUGAUGUCCACGGGACUAGCCAAUAUCGAUGUGCAAUGUUCAGACAUAGAAACCAUUUUGGUCCAGCCGCCCAGCGGGGAGACCUGUGGGAGCUAUCUCGCGGCAUACUCGAAGAUGACUGGAGGUGCGGUAUAUAAUCCUGAUGCCACUUCUGAUUGUCAAUUCUGCGCCAUCACCAGCUCCAAUGUGUUUUUGCAAUCGGUUGUGUCAUCCUACGACGAGCGCUGGAGGAACUUUGGCUUGAUUUGGGCUUAUGUGGCUUUUAACGUCAUUGCGACAUUGAUUCUAUACUGGUAUGUACGGGUCCGUGGUAGCCCGGGCUUGUCGCAUGUGGGAGUUUGGGCUCAAAAGAUUCCGAAAUACCUUGCGCGGAAGGAAACACAGUGA